GACACUGUCUGUUUGUAAAUCAAUCAUUCCGAAAUAAGAACACAACUGGUAAAAAUGUCCAUCAAAAUUGUUAUAUUUUUUUCCUUAAUAUGUGUUAUGCAAGUGAUGGCUGCUCCAAAGCCUAUAAAUUGGUCACAAUUGGGACGAAAUGCUUUGGAUUUUGGCCGCAAAGCUGCUCCUGUGGUUAAAAAUGGAUGUCAAUUGCUUAACGGUGCUCCUCCACCACCCCAGAUUUAUUACGUCAAUGUCCCAUAUCAGAACCCACAAGGCGGAAUUCCAAUUCAAUAUGCACCUCCCGUUUCAAACAAUAUUGAAGAAUUGGAUUAAAAUUUUAUAAUAGUAAUGACUUGUUUCUUUAAUAAAAUUAUAAUU